AUGUCUGAUGGCGAAAACCUGCCGCAGAUCGAAAUUACCACACCGGUUCCGGUGACAGCACUAGUGCACUUGAAGUCACCAAUGACCCGGCCUUCUAAGAUCCUGGCUUCCGCUCAUUUCGAUCUAUCCUGGUUGCCCAUUAAAACCAGCAGCUCGAUGAUGGGUGUGACGGGAGUGAAGUUGCCAAGCUUGAAUUCAAGUGUGUGUUCUGACUACCCCGGAGCUUGCAUCGACAUCAGACCCACGAUCAAUUGGAAAAAGGGUGGUUUAAACCCCGAGUGUCCUACCACGGCAAAGUUUCAAAUGUUCAACGACCAAACACAAUCUAUUGAGUGA